UUACUCUCUCUGACUCUUUUCCUUUCUUGCCUAACCUCUUUCAUGGAGACUAUUCAGAUCCCAUCUAAGAACUCAGCUUUCAAAGCUUACACCAAAUCACAUAACGUAGAAAGUAAGUCAUCAAAUAAGAGGGUUCUUCAAGGGAAUACGCUCAAGCUUGAAUCAUCAGAAGCAAAGGGUUUAUGAAGAGAAAUGAAAGGAGAGGUGGCUGCUAAAAAAUGUGAGAUCAUCACAAGAGAAGGUGGGUCUUUUAGACCAAAUCUUCAAGAUGCUUUUAAGAAGCUGCCCUCAUGGGGAAGACGCAGUAAGAGGACAACGGUGAUGGAAGUGAAGACUCCGAAUGAGGAGGAAAAUAGGAAUACUAAUGUAGUUAAAUCCAAGAAUGACAAUGAAACAAGGGAGAAAACUAGGCAUUUGGAGGAUGAGAUGAACAAGAAGCAAGCACUCGAAAUGGCCAGCAACAACGGCAAUAACACUGGAACCAAAGCUGCUUUACGCACUGGGAAUUCGGAGAAUGAGAAGAAUAAGAAGCAGUUGAUCAAGAAUGCGGACAAUGAUGACAAUAACACAACAUCCAAUGCUUUAUUAUCAUCCUCAUCAACCUCAACAUUCUAUCCAUCUAGCACUAAAGCUCGGAACCAAAUGAUCUAUUACAACCCUUCAAGCACAAUCUCAAGUACCGGAGUGGCACCGAGGCAAAAUGAAUUCUUGUUUGAGAAGGCGUUGCACCAAAACGACGUGAAUGAUCUCAAUAGGCUUCUGAUCCCAAGGAAAUUUGCAGAGACAUACUUUCCUUGCCUAAAGAUUACCAAAGACAUGCACAAGAAGGAGACCCUCGUAUUCUUCGAUCACAAAAACAUUGCAUGGGAGAUGAAAUUUGAGUUUUGGGAAUUUAGCCAGAGCUAUGUGCUAACUAGGGGGUGGAAGGCUUUUGUCAACCAGUAUCAACUGCGUCCCAACUUUACAAUUCGUUUCUACCGACCUGACCAGUGCCAGGAUAAAAAGCAUUAUGCCAUCCGGUAUAUUGUUCGGGUGGUGAAUAAGGCCAUCAGAUUGUUUGGCCAAAAUAUCCAUUACUUGUGCCUUGAUGACGUCAAUGACCACAAUUCGAUCAAUGGCGGUAGUAGUAGUGGCGAAAAUGGUCGCAAUGAGCUUGAUGGGCAAAGGGAGAUAGAAGAAGCAGCCAUAAAUGAAGACACAGGUCAUUGAUCCUUCUUGCAUGUCUCUUCAUUUUUUUUUGAAAAUUAAGGUUACUUCAAUAUGAAGGGCCCAAGGGCCCAACAACAUUUUUUUUUUUUUUUUUUUGAGUUUG